AUGGCUACGUACACUUUGACCUUCCUGUGCGUCUUCGCUGCCUCGGCGUUCUGCGCCAAGCUGGGAGAAUCCUCAACAAACUUGUCCACAUUGGCAACCGACCCGAGAGACAUCGUGAACAAGCAUAAUGCCCUGAGGAGAGGAGUUCGGCCGACUGCUAGCAACAUGUUGGAGAUGAGCUGGAGCAACGAGGCUGCAGCCAACGCUCAGAGAUGGGCCAACACCUGCUCCAUGAAGCACAGCCCCGACAGCGAGCGAGUGAUCAGCACUAGCGGCUGUGGAGAGAACCUGUACAUGUCCAGCUUUAAGAACACGUGGAGCAACGCGGUGCAGUCCUGGUACGACGAGGUGAAGGACUGGCGCUACGGAGUGGGCUCCACCAACGGAGGCAUCGUGGGGCACUUCACACAGAUCGUCUGGUACCGGUCCAACAAGGUUGGCUGUGCUGUGGCUUACUGUCCCAACUCUCCUUACAAGUACUUCUACGUCUGCCAGUACUGCCCACCAGGAAACCUCCAGUUAGCUCGCCCCUACAAAUCAGGACCCUCCUGCGGUGACUGCCCCAACGCCUGCAACGACAAACUGUGCACCAACUCCUGUCCUUACACUGACCAGUACAGUAACUGUGCUGAACUGAAGCAGCAGUGGGGCUGCACAAACAGCAACGUGGCCUCUUGGUGUCCCGCCUCCUGCAAGUGCGGCUCUGAGAUUCAUUAA